ACGCUGCGGAAAUUAUGUGAACGACAAUUUUGUACACUCACAUCAGAGGGUAUAAUACAUUUGUUUAGCUCUAGCUUUAAAUAUAAAGAUUUUUGAAGAUUUCUAAAGUGUUCACUUGCUUGAUUUGCUAUGCUUUUAUAAACAUGAUAAUUUUUAAGAAGUUAAAUUGCGUAGAGAUAUAAUAUUUUUUAAUGAGAACUGUUGAAAUAUAUUAAUGAUAUGUUUCAUAAGUUCAUUAAAGAUAAGGAAAAUUAUAUUGAGAAAGUUUUCAUAGUAUUUUAAUGCCUAACUUAAGAUUUACUUAAACGCUAAUUUAGCGUGGAAAAGUUUGUAAUUCUGCUAAAGUAUUUCGACUUCGACUAGCUUUGUUUUUGGCAUACAAGUUACUUGCUGUUGGUGUCAAUGCACUUGGAACAAGCGGCCGACUUUUCUUUGGCCAGUGCCUGAGAUUGGACAAUUUUGCAGCGAUUAGUUGACCAUUUGACGCAAUUUCGCUCGUUGUCUCUGGCUGCAACGAACUCAUUACCAGUGACAAACUCACAUCCAGUUUGUUCAACUCCAGGCGGUUCGAGAUUGGGUUGUUACAUUAACAUUAUUAUGCAGCCAGCCGUGUGUGUGUGUGUGUGUAUGUGUGUAGUUUAUCUCGUUAUAUAUUUGUUUCUUUUGCGCUGGGAAAACUUGUUUCCCAGCUAACUGUGCCUGGAUUGGAGCUGGCUCGCAUUGUUGUUGCUAUCGUUGAUUGUGGAGACUUCCGAGAGCUUCCGUUUUAAGACUGGGAAAAUGGAAAAUGAUUGCUGUGUGUGGGGUAUAAAUGAAUUCGUUGUGCCCAGGCCGCCUUACUCAUUGUGCGAUCUUUGCAACGACAAGUGACGGCCACCGCUACGGACUACGGCAACGUAUAUGGACUAAUAAAAGUGACUAAGAAAUCAACAAAACCUGCCAUGUCGAAUGGGUCAAUAAUUUUGCUCUUGUGGGCCUUCUGCUCUAGCGUGGCUGCCACGCCCACGACAUCGAUACCGCAGCGCCGUGUACAGAUGCAGGAUGAUGUGCAGUUAUUGCAUCCGCACAUCAUAACAAUUGAACGCUUGGAGCAUUUGUUAAGGCGUGCUGGUGAAAUCUUUGGUCCGGUUGUCCAGCCCGAAGAUUCUGUAUCGGCUGGCAGCCAAGUGGACGCCCAGGUGGAUAUGCAGUCACAGCCACAUCAGUAUAUGCUGCCACCCACAGAUCAGCCGUACAACUUCUAUUUGCCGCUCUAUGAUUACGUGGAUCCCAAGCUGGAUGCCAAGAGCCGGCAUAUGGAGAAGAUAUCGCCACCGCCGCAGAGAUUGCAGCAGGAGCGAAAUUAUUACGCCGACAAGCCAAAGAAGACGCCGAAAAAGUUUAAUGCAGGCGCCAAGCACAUCAAUCUCAAGUGGCUCAAUACAUAUGAAAAGGCAAUGGGAGGUGUUGCACCGAAGGCCAUCUAUUUGGAACAGGAUGAGCGUAAUCGCAUUAAUUUCGAUGACUCCUUCUUUGCGGUUGACAUGCACGUAAAGACGCCCGACAAUCAGCUGCACAAGGAGCCAAACGCUGUGCCCGUCGAGCUGCUGCAGCACGGCGAACAGCUGGCUGAGGAUGACCUAAUGGCCGCGCCUGCUCAGCUCACAUACAACUUCAAACCAACUGCAAUUGUGGUGUAAUAUGUCUAGAGAACUGGAAAAACUAAACUGCGUCCAGGACAACUGUUAUUUAAUUGUAGGCGGUUACAAAAAUGCAAAAAUAUAUUUAUAUAAGUUUAUACACAGGGAUAAAUUCUG